AUGUUAUCGGCAAGGGAAGAAUUUGAGCAUGAAAUUUUGUGGGAAAUGAAUAGGGGGUCGACCAAUGUGUGGCAUGAGAAUUGGACUGGCCUAGGGGCUUUAUAUCAUGUUUCCCCUCCAGAGUUUCACAUUGAUGAAGAACUUCAAGAGGUGGCAGAUUUGAGAGAGGGAGAUGAUUGGAAUGUGCAGCUCUUGGAACAAUCUUUUCCUAUGGACAUUGCAAACCACAUUAGGCAAGAAUUUCUAUUUGAAGAUAAUGAUGAAUAUUGGGACACACCUAAGUGGAUGCCUACAGCUUCAGGGAGGUUCACACUAUGGAAAGGCAAGGUUCCUACUGAUUACAUAUGGAGAAGGAGUGGGCACAUGGUGGUUUCAAAAUAUUGGUGCUGCAUUCAACCUCAUGAGGAUUCCUUCCAACAUCUUUUUCUAACAAGUCCAAUUGCAGAUAGCGUGUGGAGAACUUUUACGCAAGCAACAGGUAUAGUAGAGAAUCUUGUCCAAGUUCAUCAAAUUAUAAAGGUGUGGUGGAAUGUUGAUUGCUGCCCAAAGCUCAAACCUUUGUUUCAAGCAGCUCCAGCAGUAAUAAUAUGGGAGCUUUGGAAGAGGAGAAACACUAUGAAAUAUGGAGGUGCAGCAUCAUGUAGUAGGAUGAUCCAUGAAGUGAAUAAGACAUUGCAUAAUUUAGCAAGGGUAAGUGCAUCAAGGGGCAAUCCAGGACCAAGUUUUUAUGGCUUUUGUGUGAGGAAUAGUGCAGGAGAUUUGGUGUUUGCUAGGGCAGAACAGAUUGAAGAUACAACUAACAUUGUGGUAGAAUCUAAAGCAAUUGUUGAAGGGCUAUCAUUUUGUGUUGAACAACAUCUACAUCCUCUAAUUGUAGAGACUGAUUCUCUAGUACUGAAGAGGAUCAUUGAAGGUGAAUGGGAUACACCACAGAAUAUUGGACAAGAGGUGAAAAGGAUCAAAGGGAUUAAGGAGAGUCACAAUGUGAUAUUCCAGCAUGUGCUGAGAGAGGGCAACACACUGGCAGACUUUUCAACUAACAUAGAUUUUUCUUUUGCAGGGAGGAGAUUACUCAAUCGUGACAAGGACUAUAUCCCUAAUCUUAGGGUGAGGGUAGCAAAGAGGAAGGCUCCGGAUUAG